AUGACGGAACGCAGCUUGGAAGCAAGACAAGCUGCCGAAGGCCGUCAGGGAAGUGCUGUUGAAAGACUCUUUCGAUCUGAAGAAAUUCGGAGUGCAGGUGAACGGCAUUCGUCAAAUCGUGUCGAGUCUUCUCGAUCCGAGCGAGUCGUCGUCGAGGGGAGAAGACGACGAAAUAGUGAAGGCAGUGAAACGGCACACAUCGAUUUCGUUGACGAUGAUCGAAUGCAAGAGGAGACCUACGAGAACUCGCGGCAACACCGAGGCGCCAGAGAGGAGCGAUACGGUUAUCGAGGAGAGGACGAGUACGUGACAAGAGCCGCUCGAUACGGAGGACAUACACAUUCACAAUCACAAAAUAGAUCUCGGAGUGAAAAUAUGGCCGUCGACUAUUCUCAUCAGGAUUUUCGACAAUCUUUAGCCGCCAUCGAUGCGGCUGCAAGAGAAGGCGCAUUGUCAAGAGAAGGCGUUCGCGUUCGGCAACAAGGAGAAACAACUGUUGUCACCGAGCAUCGCGAUCCCUACUCUUUCUAUUGGCAGCUUGACAAGGCUCGUCGUGAAAGCGAGAGUCCACCAAGACUUCCACCACACGCCGAUUAUGUGAUUGAUGAGGAAGAGAUACCACCGCAUGAAACUGUGCCCAGUCCGCAACCAUAUGAAUCGGAAAUAGUUCCGGGUGUCUUGGUUGAGAGUCAAUAUAGUCGACCUCUUCGACAGCCGGAACCUGAAAUUGCUCGACCUCUUCCACCUGGAUGGGAAAAACAUGAAGAUCCUUCUGGUUUCUCCUAUUAUUGGCACGUUGACAGUGGAACGAUCCAGCGCGAGCCACCGCGUGCUCCACCCCGUCGUCGGACUCCAACCCCUCCACCAGCUCCACCCAUCGAACGCCACAUUUAUUCAAAAGGAGUUCAAGUUGAUGCGCCGACUCCACCACCACAAAUAAUUCAAUUACCUCCACAGCAACCAGUCAUUGAGGAGCAUGCAUUUAAACAAACGACAACAAAAAGAAGAGUUGAAAGAGAUGAGGAAAGUGAUGGAGAGACACAAGAAACGGCAGUACAACAACAGGCUCCCCGUGGAAAGCCAAUCCGCUUCGCCGUUCGUUCCCUUGGAUGGACCGAGAUCGCUGAGGAGGAGCUCACCGCUGAAAGAAGCUCGCGAGCUGUGAAUCGAGCCAUCGUUGACUUGUCGACUGGUAGAAAAGAUGUUUUGGAUAAUGUGAGCAAAUGGGGAGAUGGUCGAGAGUUGAUCAUGGAAUUGGACGAUCAAGAGUUGUCGCUUAUCGAUCCCGACUCGAUGCAAGUGAUCCACUCAGAGAGAAUUCAACAGAUUCGUGUUUGGGGAGUCGGAAGGGAUAAUGGACGAGAUUUCGCCUAUGUUGCUCGUGAUCGAACCUCAAGGCGCUUCCUGUGCCAUGUUUUCCGUUGUGAUACCCCAGCAAAGACAAUUGCAAACACUUUGCGCGACAUUUGCAAGCGAUUGAUGUUGCACAGAAGGCCGAGCUCUUUGCACGCAAUCGAAGCGCCUGAACGUCGAGUGGUUAGAAGUGAACUCACCACACCGAUCGAGGAGCCGAGAAAGGUAAUUCGAUGCAAUUUCCUUGGUGUCACUCAAGUGCCCCGUGCCACUGGGAUCGACAUUCUCAACGAAGCCGUUGAUCGCCUUGUUUCUCAGGUUCGCCCUGAGCGAUGGAUUCUCGCUGAUGUCGCUAUCGCACCAUCAAGUAUUUCAAUCAACGAGGUGAAUGGCAAUCAAAUAGCCCAAUGCCGAGUCCGCUAUCUUUCCUUUUUGGGAAUCGGUCAAGAUGUCAAACACUGUGCUUUCAUCAUGCACACCUCUUCGGAGAACUUUAUGUGCUACGUUUUUCAUGUUGAGCCAAGCGCUGCCGUUAUGGCGAAAACCAUUGAAGCUGCUUGCAAAUUGCGUUAUCAAAAGGUGUUAGAUGCACACUCGGGACGUCUGUCGAGUGGCGGACAAGCGGCUCUCCCGAUGGCGACAGGGAUGGAC